UGGUCGAAUCAUACAUGUUUGCGUGUUGCCAACGUUUUGGAUACGGGGCUCCAAGCAGCGGGAGACACCAGAAGCAAGUUAAUCCAUGCUGUUAGUUUGCACUUUGCGAUUAGGUCGCGCACGUCCAUUAACCAAACGAGACACAAAAACACACAAAAAAUGCUACAAAAAGAACGGGAAAGGAAAGUUCUUGCCACAGUCGAAGAAUCGCAUACCCUUCAUAAUAAAAAACGAAAAUAUUACAGAUAGCAAACACCUAAAGACUUUCACUUUAUUGAGUUAUAAUGCCUAUUUAAAAUUCAUCGCAUAUUCUGGGGAAUUAUAGAGGGCACUAAAUUAUGAAGUUGGAAUAUUUCUGUGUUAAUUAGAUAAUGCAAUCCGUAGGUAGGAACUCUAAAAGAUACUUUGCAGGGUAUGAAAGUGCAGAAGAUAUAGCAUAAUAUUUGCUUAACGCCCUUUGCCGAUAUGGCAAGCAUUAGGGAAAUUGCUAUAUCGAAAUUGGCUCUGGGUAUAAAAACAAAGGUGUCAUCCCUCGGCCCAAACAGUUGGCAUUGCAAUGUCCGUACAGUGGCUAAAACAUCUCCUGCUCCUGGCAAUCCUGGUCAAUUUGGCCGGAGCACGGGAGAAUCGCAUUCCUAUAGAUUUGAAGAAAAGUUCGAUCGUGAUGGUCAAGAUGAGCCAGAUCCUUUGCCAGGCUCGGAUUAAGGUCCUGUUCGUCUACUUCGAGAAUCAAACCUCCCACGAGCAUACGGGUCAGAUACUCAAAGAGGUGACCAAGUGCGACAUAUCGAAUCAAAAUACACCACUGGAGGCGGUCAAGGAUGAUGGCAUACUAAUGUACAUGGUGAUGAUCAUCACAAACAUAUCGCAACCAUUGGAGCUUUCACUCAUCCGGAAGAAAUCGGCUGCCAAGCAUCGAUCGCAUGUUUUUCUCUUGGUCAGAGAUGCGGAUACCGUUUCCGAUGCUUGGAUGCGGGCCAGUUUCCGGCAAUUCUGGAAGAUAUGGCUACUGAACAUCGUGAUCCUCUACUGGCGAGAUGGACGCCUGAAUGCCUAUCGGUACAACCCGUUUAUGGACAACUAUCUGAUACCAGUCGACAGUAAGCCAAAUGAGGUUCCAACUUUAGAGCAGCUUUUCCCAAAGACCAUACCGAAUAUGCAGAGGAAGCCGCUGAGGAUGUGCAUCUACAGGGACGAUGUGAGGGCAAUCUUCUGGAGACAGGGAAUUAUCCUGGGGACCGACGGCCUGCUGGCGGCCUAUGUGGCUGAGCGUCUGAACGCGACCAUGAUGAUAACGCGUCCGCACUCGUAUAACAACCACAAUCUCAGCUCGGACAUAUGUUUCCUGGAGGUGGCCAAGGAGUACGUGGAUGUGGCCAUGAACAUCCGUUUCUUGGUUCCGGAUACCUUCAGGAAACAGGCGGAGAGCACGGUAUCCCACACGCGUGAUGAUCUUUGCGUGAUUGUGCCGAAAGCCAAGACUGCUCCCACUUUCUGGAACAUAUUUCGCUCGUUUGGCGCAUUAGUUUGGGCCCUAAUUCUGGUUUCUGUCCUGGUGGCGAAUGUCUUCUGCUACAUCCUGAAAUCCGAAGUGGGUAGGGUUCCCAUGCAACUUUUCGCCGGAGCCCUGACUAUGCCCAUGACCCAGAUUCCGCUUAACCACUCGAUCCGAUUGUUCCUGAUCUUCUGGCUUUACUUUGGACUACUCAUAUGCUCGGCAUUCAAGGGAAAUCUGACCAGCAUGAUGGUGUUCCAACCUUAUCUACCCGAUAUAAACCAAUUGGGUGCGUUGGCCAGGUCCCACUACCACAUCAUCAUUCGUCCGAGGCACGUAAAACACAUCCAACACUUCCUGACCCUGGGACACAAGCACGAGUCCAGAAUUCGGGAACAAAUGCUGGAAGUUUCCGAUACCCAGAUGUACGAAAUGAUGAGGAACAAUGACAUAAGAUUUGCCUAUUUGGAGAAGUAUCACAUCGCACGUUUCCAGGUGAACAGCCGAGUGCACAUGCACCUGGGUCGUCCGCUUUUCCACCUGAUGAACAGCUGCCUGGUGCCGUUUCACGCCGUUUAUAUCGUUCCCUACGGAUCACCCUACUUGGGUUUCCUGGACUGGCUGAUCCGGAGUUCGCAUGAGUUUGGAUUCGAGCGAUACUGGGAUCGCAUCAUGAACUCCGCCUUUAUCAAGUCGGGAGUGAAGGUGGUAAACCGUCGACGCGGGAGUGGCAAUGAUGAACCGGUGGUCCUCAAACUGCAGCAUUUCCACGCCGUAUUCGCUCUGUGGCUGGUGGGGAUCGGGAUGGCAUGCAUUGUGCUGGCCUGGGAGCACUUGACCCACAACUACAAUUUGGCGGUAACAAAGCGGCGGCACUAACUAUCGCAUGCAGCAUGCAAUCUGAGGCGGAUGAUUGUGUUGAUGUGGCGUCCACUUACCUGGGUC